GACCGGCGGCAGCGUGUUUUCUAGCAAAUUCCGGCUGUAAUUUAAUCGUCCGUAAAAAUGGUGUCCCUAAACCCCGUUCGCAUCUUGAAGCACGAAGCCGAAGAGGAAAAGGGAGAAAUUGCCCGCCUGUCCUCGUUCGUGGGCGCCAUCGCGAUCGGCGAGCUGGUAAAAAGCACCCUCGGACCGAAGGGCAUGGACAAGAUCCUCGUCGCAAAUGGCCGCAAUGCCGGACAGAUCGAGGUGACAAACGAUGGUGCGACGAUCCUGAAAGCGGUCGGAGUGGACAACCCGGCCGCAAAGAUCCUGGUCGACAUGUCCCGCGUGCAGGACGAUGAGGUGGGCGACGGCACCACCUCAGUCACAGUGCUUGCGGCGGAACUGAUCCGGGAGGCGGAGAAGCUGGUCGAACAGAAGCUGCAUCCACAGACGAUCAUUGCCGGAUGGCGCCAGGCAACGGCGGCAGCACGAGCAGCACUGGAGGCGGCCGCCACGGACAACUCGGCCAACGCCGAACGAUUCCGGGAGGAUCUGCUCAACAUUGCCCGUACGACGCUCAGCUCGAAGAUUCUGUCGCAACACAAGGAACAGUUUUCCAAGCUCGCCGUGGAUGCUGUUUUGCGUCUCAAGGGUUCCGGCUCGCUGACGGCCAUUCAGCGCAUCAAGAAACUCGGUGGCUGCCUGGAGGAUUCGUUCCUCGACGAAGGUUUCCUGCUGGACAAAAAGCCCGGUGUCCACCAGCCGAAGGUGGUGAAGAACGCUAGAAUCCUCAUCGCAAACACACCGAUGGACACGGACAAGAUCAAGGUGUUCGGAUCGUCGAUCAAGGUGGAUUCCAUGUCGAAAAUCGCCGACCUGGAAGUGGCCGAAAAGGAAAAGAUGAAGGAGAAGGUGGACAAAAUCGUGGCGCACAACAUCAACGUGUUCAUUAACCGGCAGCUCAUCUACAACUACCCGGAACAGCUGUUUGCCGAUGCGGGCGUGAUGGCCAUCGAACAUGCGGACUUCGAUGGUAUCGAGCGGCUGGCGUUGGUCACUGGAGGUGAGAUUGUGUCCACGUUCGAAAACCCGGAUCUGGUGAAGCUCGGCAAGUGCGAUCUGAUUGAGCAGACCAUGAUCGGUGAAGAUACUCUGCUGCGUUUCUCCGGAGUGCCGCUCGGUGAGGCGUGUACGAUCGUCAUCCGUGGCGCCACGCAGCAGAUCAUCGACGAAGCCGAACGUUCGCUACAUGACGCUCUGUGCGUGCUGGCGGCCACGGUUAAAGAGUCGCGCGUCGUUUACGGUGGCGGUUGCUCGGAAACGCUGAUGGCUACGGCCGUCUUCAAGCUGGCCUCGGAGACCGCCGGCAAGGAAGCGAUGGCCAUCGAGUCGUUCGGCCGUGCGCUGAUGCAGCUGCCGACGAUUAUCGCCGACAAUGCCGGGUACGAUUCGGCCCAGCUGGUUUCGGAGCUGCGGGCGGCUCAUUCGCAGGGCAAAGGCGGCAUGGGGCUGGACAUGAACAACGGUAAGAUUGCGUGCAUGAAGGAACUGGGCAUCACAGAGUCGUUCGCCGUCAAGCGCCAGGUGCUGCUGUCCGCUAGCGAAGCGGCCGAGAUGAUUCUCCGCGUGGACAACAUCCUCAAGAGCGCCCCGCGUCGUCGUGUCCCGGACCGUGGCUAUUGCUAAGUACCACAGCACCUACGCUCGCUGUCGCCUUUUGUGCAUUUCUCAUUUGCAUCGUUUCUUUUGAUUCACUUUUUGUGCACCUAGUUUCUUUCGCCCUAAGUAAGGUACCAUUAAUUACUUUACCCAUACUAAUCACAUCAUCCUUUUUGCACCAUUGUAUUACUACGAGUUCCGCGGAGGACAUCCCUCGAAGUUGCCUUCAACGCAAGGGCGUCUAACACACACACGCGCGCAUUAUAAACUACGUUUGUCCUUUUGAAGGAGCAAUCGCGAAUGUCGGAAAGCGUUUCUUUCCAACGCGAAUGAAAAGAAUAAAACUUACCAAUACUUACGAACAAC